AUGGCACCCAGCUUGACACCGUUCGGCAACGCCGUCGUCGGCGCGGUGGGAGGCGUCUUCAGCGGGGCAGUCGUCUACCCCCUCGACACCAUCAAGACCCGUAUCCAGACAGAACACGCCGCGAUCGAAGAAGCGAUUGCCAACUCGACUGCGCCGCCGUCGCUCAAGCGCUCGAACGCACCGCACCACCUCCCUCACCGGCAUGCGACCGCGAGGCAGAUGGCCCUGCGUAUCUUCAAGGAGGGAGGAGCGCUGGCAUUCUAUCGCGGAUUCGGAGCGAACAUGCUCAACACGUUCUCGAUGCAGUUCGCCUACUUCUACUUCUACACCCUCGUCCGCUCCACCUACAUCAAGAAGUUCCCUUUGCGGAAGAUGACGACCGCAACGGAGCUCGCUCUUGGUGCGAUCGCCGCAGCGAUGGGUCAGAUCUUCACCAUCCCCGUGAGCGUCAUCGCAACGCGCCAACAACUCGCCAAGAAGACGCUCUCUUUCCGCAAAGCGAUCGCCCACAUCCUCCGCGACGACGGCAUCACCGGCUUGUGGCGCGGCCUGAAGCCCAGUCUCGUCCUCUGCGUCAACCCCGCUAUCACGUACGGCAUGUUUGAGCGCCUCAAAACUAUGUUGCUCAAGCCUGGAGAGAAGAUGACGCCGUUCAAGGCGUUCCUCAUUGGCGCAAUGAGCAAGACUCUGGCGACUGUCGUCACCUACCCCUACAUCAUGGCCAAGACCCGCCUCCAAGCCGGCAACGAUGACGACGAUGACACGCCCCCUGGCCAGCCCAAGGAGCGGUACAACGGCGCGCUCGACUGCCUCAAGCAGGUCUACGCGGAGGAGGGCUUCACGGGUUGGUACCAGGGCAUGCAAGCGCAGAUUACGAAGGCGGUCUUGUCCCAGGCGUUGCUCUUCGGCAUCAAGGACGCUCUCGAAGCCUACACAAUCCUCUCCCUCGUCGCGUACUCGAAAGUCCGCGGAUCGGCAGUCGGCUUGACGUCCAUCUGA